UGAACUAGCUAGCAGGUUGAAAACAGCUAAUAAGCUAACUAACCCACCGGGCACGUUAAUGUCACCUGACUGAUAAAUAACGUCGAUGGAAGUUCAACAUGGAGCACAUAAGAGCAAUCACAACAUCUGAAUCCUUUCAACAGAUGAUCAGUCGACCCAAACUGGACAGCUAGGGUGGACAUGCAAAAAAGGCUAGCAAGCGAUAACAAGCAGCUAAUCACACAAUGCAAAGGAGAUAUAAGAGCAGACAUUAACCAAGAGUAACAACCAUAACAGCAGUGCAUGUGCUGCAGACAUCACCUACCGGGGGAGCUCCUCUGUAAUGCCAGAAGGAGUGAAAUACACCUUCAAUAGUCAGCUGCAGCGAUGAAGACUAAGUCGAUCAUUUCUGACCUACACUUAAAAUUUGCCGAGAAGCCAUGGAACGAAACCUUUCAGCUUGUCCGAAGAUGCAUGGACCGAUCCAGAGAUGAAUCCAAACCCUGUGAGCUGCUGGUUAGAUCUCUGGAAAGGCUCCAAGAAGUUUGUACUGUGUCCUCUAUGAACGCCGCAAAGUCUCGUCUGGAAAUGAUUGCCAAACAACAGCGAAUGGGCUUUCACAUUACUGAGGCCACCUGCUACCUGACGGCAGAUCUCUUCUACCUGGAGGUGGUGUUGCUGCCGAGUGGCGGGGUGAUGGAGGUAAAAGUAGCCCCACAUGGAGGAUCCCCUGUCCCCAGUGAAUCCUUUCUUCAGCUGCUGAGGUCACACAAUUUUGCUGAGUUCUCUGUGAAGCUGGAAGGCCUCUACAACCAGUACAACAUCCCUGGAGACAACGAAGUCAAAUUAAAAUUAUUUGCAUCUCUCCAAUGCCUGGGGGAGGAUUUGCAGCAAAUGUCAGCUCUGCAAAGGGCACAAAAAGACUUCAACACUGAAGUAGAAAUGAUUAACAAUGGCAGCACAGGGAGUCUGACAGCUGGGAAAGAAGAUUGCCCUAUGAUGAUCCAGUUCUAUAUCAAUCCUAAAGAUGGAGCAAACAUCUCAGACCUACAUGUGACAAACACAGAGAGAGUCAUUCAUGCAGCCCAGGUGACAGUGGGUGACAGUGAUGUGACUCACAUGCUUCAGACAGCGUCUGUGAUCGCGCAGCCUGCACAGCUGGACUCCCAGGGUGUUCCUGUGUUCCUCCCGCUGAGCAAGGUGCUGUGUGAGACACUGCCAGCAGUCUUUCUCCUUAAACUGCAACCUGCUAUACCAAUAUUGGCAUCUUUGGUUAACAGGAUCAGCCACAUCACAGAUGUGCCCAUACCAGAUGUUGGCCUGCAGUGGGCACCAUUACCCAAGCUUCUGAUGAGGCGUUCAAGUGCAAACAGCCAGCUGUCAGAUGAGCAGGAUGCUAUAUUUAAAAUGUCUCUUCCAUGCGGUGUGACACACAGUUAUGCUCUACCUGGAUCUGCAUGGAAGGAGCCUCCCCACAGAGCAGCUGUGGUAGACAGUAUUCCCUUCACCCACCCCUCCCACAUCCCUACCCUGCUGGAGCUGCUCCGGCAUCAGUGUCUCAUCAACACCCUGUUGUGGAGCUGUUUCACUUCUCAGUGUGAGGGAGCAGGUUUGGUUUGUGAUCUGCACUUCGAAGUCCUUCCGGAAUCUGAGAGCAGCUUUUCUGUGACCUUCCAGCAACCAAAAAGGGACUCCCUUGCUGUUUUGCUGGUGAAUGUUACUGAUGCUCAUCACAUUACAUGCACUUUGUAUGGAGCAGAGAUGUGGGAUCCCUCCAUGAAUGAAGACCUGUCCAAUGUCCUGAUGGGGUGUCUCUCCAUCCCCAUCACCCUGAGCACUUUGCACAGCAAGCUAUACGAGCUCACCACUACUCCACUUUCACCCGGCUGCCCAGCAACCACAGAGGCUGAAAAUGACCACUCUGCUCCCUCUAACGCCGCCAUGACCGACAUCAGCGGCGCCUCCACCACUUUCUCCCAGAGUCUAUCUGUGCCAGAGGACAGCUUCAGCGUUUCUGGAUCGGCCUGCUAUGCUGUGUCUGUAGCCAAAUCUGAGCCCUGUCCCGAAAUAAACACAAGUCCUGCUGUUGAGCCUUACUCUUGCACUGCUCCUGUGGGGGCGUUCCCACACUGGGUGACCAGUAAUGGACAACUGUCAGACCCCAUCUGAGACUUUACAUCUAAAAGCUUACACCUGAGUUAUUUUCAGAUUUUGCUCAAUGUCUUGGUGUAACCCUGUUUCAUACACACAUAACUUCUGUCAUUCAUAAUGAGUCAGAGAGAGUAUUUCUUAUCUUUUUGUUCUCUUUAGAGUCUUUCUCACUUUGCAUUCCAGCGUGGCAGAGACUGCCGGUUGUAAAGGUUUGAGGUUUGGCGUUUGACCUCUCUCUCUCAGACAGCCAAGAGCCGGCUGAUUGGUACCAUGUGAGCCAAUCAAACAUUUUUAGAGCUUGUGAUGCAUUCUCGAUGGCUCGUAAGAGUAAAAAAGAUCAACAAACUACAUACUGUAGUAAGAAAUAGCUGUACUGGAGCCAUAAAUAACAUCCUGAGUCGAGCUUGAUGUAGUGCUCACAUGAAAUUGUUACAUUUGUGACAUGAGUUUUGGCAUUUAGAAAUAUUCAUUUAGUUCUUUUUCCAGACAGUUUUUUUUCUCUUGUGUAAUAAAGUUGGUGUUUGAGUGUAAAACCUCUGUGGAAUGGAAAAUCCCAAUGUUUGCAUGUUGUGUGCAAAUUAGAAAGAUUACCCUACUUAAGGCUCCAUCGUUCAAAAAUGUGCCUCAUUUUGAAAAGGGGCUCCACCUGAAUGUUCUUUUUGUUAAUCUGUCAGUCAUGUCCUUUAUUAAAUGUUAGAAGCUUGUCAAAUUAAAAUCAAGCAAAUGACAAUGCUUAUUUCUUUGAUCACAA